CGGAUCCGCUGCCGGCCGGCGAUAGUAAAUGUGUAUUAUCCAAGAUGGAGGACUGCUCGUGGUCUCUAUCCUAGCAGACGCGUACUCUUUUCCACCGUCCGUGUCACUGCUUUCUUACAGCACACGGCCGGACUUUUUCCCUACGAUCCUUCAGAGCUGGAAGAAGCGAGUUUUUUGCCGUUUGGAUAUUAGCUCCGCGCUUUAUUUCCACAGCCAUGAGCUCGGGGGACGGAGCCGAGGAGGCGGCGAAGGACGCAGCCGAUAUAGCAGCCUUCUUCAAAUCCGAUGGCUCGCUUCCCAAAUGUGAACCCAAGAGUGAUGUACCCAGUCAGAUAAAAGGAUUUCGCCGAAAUGAGGAGAUGAAGGCGGUGGAGGUUUUGCCCAUUCUAAAGGAAAAAGUGGCCUUUUUAUCAGGUGGCAGAGACAAGCGCGGUGGUCCAGUUUUAACAUUCCCGUCACGUACCAAUCACGACCGAAUACGACAAGAGGACCUGCGCAGACUAAUUGCGUAUCUCGCCGGUAUCCCCAGCGAGGACGUGUGUAAACAUGGCUUCACGGUCAUCGUGGACAUGCGCGGCUCUAAGUGGGACUCCAUCAAGCCGUUGCUGAAGAUCCUACAAGAGUCGUUCCCCUGCUGCAUCCACAUCGCGCUCAUCAUUAAACCAGAUAACUUCUGGCAGAAACAGAGGACCAACUUUGGCAGCUCCAAGUUUGAGUUUGAGACCACCAUGGUGUCGCUGGAGGGCUUGUCCAAGGUGGUGGACCCUUCCCAACUCACACCCGACUUCGAAGGCAGCCUGGAUUACAACCACGAGGAGUGGAUUGAGAUCCGCGUGGCCUUUGAGGAGUUUACGGGCAACGCGAGGCACUUGUUGGCGCGCCUUGAGGAGAUGCAGGCCACGGUCACGCGCAAGGACUUCCCCCAGGAGCUAGAGGGCGCGAGGCGCAUGAUUGACGAGCACGCAGCCCUUAAGAAGAAGGUUAUGAAAGCGCCUGUUGAGGAGGUGGACGCAGAGGGCCAGCGGCUGCUGCAGCGCAUCCAGAGCAGCGAGAGCUACGCCACCCGUGCGGUGCCCGCUGUGCCCGGCCAGAGAGAGGCCCAGGGUCAGGGCCAGGCCAACGCCGACACCCAGGGACUGGUGCCACGCGUCACAGCCCUGCUGGAGCAGCUUCACAGCACACGCCACAACCUGCACCAGGCUUGGCAUGUGCGCAAGCUGCAGCUCGACCAGUGCUUCCAGCUGCGGCUCUUCGAACAGGACGCAGAGAAGAUGUUUGACUGGAUCAUGCACAAUAAAGGCCUGUUUCUGGCAGGCUACACUGAGAUUGGCAACAAUCACUCACAUGCCAUGGAUCUUCAGACCCAGCACAAUCACUUUGCCAUGAACUGUAUGAAUGUGUACGUGAACAUUAACCGCAUUAUGUCCGUGGGGAACCGGCUGCUGGAGGCCGGCCACUACGCGUCGCAGCAGAUCAAACAGAUCUCAGGUCAGCUCGAGCAGGAGUGGAAAGCCUUCGCUGCCGCGCUGGACGAGAGGAGCACGCUGCUGGAAAUGUCCGCUACUUUCCAUCAGAAAUGUGACCAGUACAUGAGUAAUGUGGACUCGUGGUGUAAGGCGUGUGGAGAGGUGGAUUUGCCCUCUGAACUCCAGGACCUAGAAGAUGCAAUCCAUCAUCACCAGGGCUUAUAUGAACACAUCACCACUGCUUAUUCUGAGGUGAGUCAAGAUGGCAAAGCUUUAUUGGACAAACUCCAGCGACCCCUGACCCCUGGCAGCGCUGAUUCGCUGACCGCCUCCGCUAACUACUCGAAAGCCGUGCACCACGUCCUGGACGUCAUUCAUGAGGUGCUGCACCACCAGAGACAGCUGGAAAACAUCUGGCAACAUCGCAAAGUGCGUCUUCACCAGCGUCUGCAGCUGUGUGUGUUUCAGCAAGAUGUCCAGCAGGUGCUGGACUGGAUUGAGAACCACGGUGAGGCGUUCCUCAGUAAGCACACAGGAGUGGGGAAGUCUCUCCAUCGCGCCAGAGCACUGCAGAAACGCCAUGAGGACUUUGAAGAAGUGGCACAGAACACAUACACCAACGCAGAUAAGCUUCUGGAGGCGGCGGAGCAGUUGGCUCAGACGGGCGAGUGUGACCCGGAGGAGAUCUACCAGGCCGCCCACCAGCUGGAGGACCGCAUCCAGGACUUUGUGAGGCGGGUAGAGCAACGUAAGGUCCUCCUCGACAUGUCCGUCGCCUUCCACACCCACGUGAAAGAGCUAUGGACGUGGCUAGAAGAGCUACAGAAGGAGCUUCUGGAUGAUGUGUAUGCUGAGUCGGUGGAGGCGGUGCAGGAUCUCAUCAAACGCUUUGGCCAACAGCAGCAAACCACACUGCAGGUUACAGUCAACGUCAUCAAAGAGGGCGAGGAUCUCAUUCAGCAGAUCAGAGAUUCAGCUAUUUCGAGCAAUAAGGCCCCACACAACAGCUCCAUAAACCACAUUGAGAGUGUGCUGCAGCAGCUGGAUGAGGCUCAGGCUCAGAUGGAGGAGCUCUUCCAGGAGAGGAAGAUCAAACUGGAGCUCUUCCUCCAGCUCCGGAUCUUUGAGCGUGACGCCAUUGAUAUCAUCUCGGAUCUGGACUCCUGGAACGAGGAGCUGUCACAGCAGAUGAGCGACUUUGACACGGAGGACCUGACGCUGGCGGAGCAGAGGCUGCAGCACCACGCAGACAAAGCGCUCACCAUGAACAACCUCACGUUCGACGUCAUCCAUCAGGGUCAGGAGCUGCUGCAGUACGUCAACGAAGUUCAGGCGUCUGGUGUGGAGUUGCUGUGUGAUAGGGAUGUGGACAUGGCUACACGUGUUCAGGAUCUUCUGGAAUUCCUGCAUGAGAAACAGCAGGAGCUGGAUGUGGCUGCAGAGCAGCACCGCCGCCACCUGGAGCAGUGUGUGCAGUUACGCCACCUACAGGCAGAGGUCAAGCAGGUCCUGGGCUGGAUCCGUAAUGGUGAGUCCAUGCUGAAUGCUGGUCUGAUCACAGCCAGUUCUCUGCAGGAGGCCGAGCAGCUGCAGAGAGAGCAUGAGCAGUUCCAGCAUGCUAUCGAGAAAACCCAUCAGAGCGCACUGCAGGUGCAGCAGAAGGCGGAGGCGAUGCUGCAGGCCAACCACUACGACAUGGACAUGAUCCGUGACUGCGCCGAGAACGUGGCUUCUCACUGGCAGCAGCUCAUGCUCAAGAUGGAAGACCGUCUCAAACUCGUCAAUGCAUCUGUGGCCUUCUACAAGACCUCUGAACAGGUGUGCAGUGUUCUGGAGAGUCUGGAGCAGGAGUAUAAGCGGGAGGAGGACUGGUGUGGCGGAGCAGACAAGCUGGGUCCCAACUGUGAGACAGAUCAUGUCACCCCUAUGAUCAGCAAGCACCUGGAGCAGAAAGAGGCCUUCCUCAAGGCAUGCACCCUGGCCAGACGAAACGCUGAUGUGUUCCUCAAGUACAUGCACAGGAACAGUGUGAACAUGCCUGGGAUGCUGAGUCACGUCAAAGCACCCGAGCAGCAGGUCAAAAACAUCCUGAAUGAGUUGCUGCAGAGAGAAAAUCGUGUCCUGCACUUCUGGACAAUGAGGAAGAGGAGGCUGGACCAGUGCCAGCAAUAUGUGGUGUUUGAGCGCAGUGCCAAACAGGCUCUCGAGUGGAUCCAUGACACUGGCGAGUUCUACCUGUCCACACACACAUCCACAGGCUCCAGCAUCCACCACACACAGGAGCUGCUGAAGGAGCACGAGGACUUCCACAUCACAGCCAAGCAAACCAAAGAGCGGGUAAAGCUGUUGAUCCAGCUGGCCGACGGCUUCUGUGAUAAAGGUCACGCUCAUGCAGCUGAGAUCAAGAAAUGGGUGACGGCCGUGGACAAGCGCUACCGAGACUUUUCACUGCGCAUGGAUAAAUACCGCAGCUCACUGGAGAAAGCGUUGGGCAUCUCUUCCGACUCCAACAAAGCGAGCAAGGACCUGCAGUUGGAUAUUAUCCCCGCCAGCGCCCCGGGGUCAGAGGUCAAACUAAGGGAUGCUGCUCAUGAGCUGAAUGAAGAGAAGCGCAAGUCUGCUCGCAGGAAGGAUUUCAUCAUGGCAGAGCUGAUUCAGACAGAGAAGGCCUAUGUGAGGGACCUGAGAGAGUGUAUGGAUACAUAUCUCUGGGAAAUGACCAGCGGUGUAGAGGAAAUCCCACCAGGUAUUGUCAACAAAGAGCACAUCAUUUUUGGCAACAUGCAGGACCUCUAUGAAUUCCAUCACAAUAUCUUUCUGAAAGAGCUGGAGAAGUAUGAACAGCUUCCCGAGGAUGUGGGUCAUUGUUUCGUGACCUGGGCCGACAAAUUCCAGAUGUAUGUAAACUACUGCAAAAACAAACCCGACUCCACACAACUCAUUCUUGAGCACGCUGGAUCCUACUUUGACGAGAUCCAGCAGAGGCACCGUCUGGCUAACUCCAUCUCCUCCUAUCUAAUCAAACCAGUGCAGAGAAUAACCAAAUACCAGCUGCUGCUCAAGGAACUUCUGACAUGUUGCGAGGAGGGCAAAGGAGAAAUCAAAGAUGGCUUGGAGGUCAUGCUCAGCGUGCCAAAGAGAGCCAAUGAUGCCAUGCACCUUAGCAUGCUGGAAGGUUUUGAUGAAAACAUUGAGUCUCAGGGAGAGCUGAUCCUCCAGGAGUCCUUCCAGGUGUGGGAUCCCAAGACUCUGAUCAGGAAGGGCAGAGAGCGCCACCUCUUCCUCUUCGAGAUGUCUCUUGUCUUCAGCAAGGAGGUUAAAGAUUCCAACGGCAGGAGCAAAUACAUCUACAAGAGCAAACUCUUUACCUCGGAGUUGGGUGUUACCGAACACGUGGAAGGGGAUCCGUGUAAAUUUGCCCUCUGGGUGGGACGGACACCAACCUCUGACAACAAAAUUGUUCUUAAGCUAAGUCAGGGAUGCAAACAUGGAGCAAUGGCCUCCAGUAUUGAAAACAAGCAGGACUGGAUAAAACACAUCCGUGAGGUGAUUCAGGAGCGCACAGUUCACCUGAAGGGUGCGCUGAAAGAACCUAUCCACAUCCCAAAGCCUUCCACAACCAAACACAAGGCCCGCAGGUACAAUCUCAGAGAUGGAGAGGACCUAGACAGUCAGGGUGAAGGCAGCAGUCAGCCAGACACCAUCUCCCUGGCCUCCCGUACUUCUCAGAAUACACUGGACAGCGACAAGCUGUCUGGAGGCUGCGAGCUCACUGUGGUUAUCCAUGACUUCAUGGCAGGGAACAAUAAUGAGCUGAGCGUGCGCAGGGGGCAGACAGUCGAGGUGCUCGAGCGCCUGCACGAUAAGCCCGACUGGUGCUUAGUGCGUACCACUGACCGCUCGCCUGCCCUUGAGGGCAUCGUACCCUGUGCCAUGCUCUGCAUCGCUCACUCGCGCAGCAGCAUGGAGAUGGAGGGACUCUUUAACCACAAAGACACACUAUCAGUGUGCAGCAAUGAUGCUAUUCUCCCUGGCUCAUCUGCCACCCUGCAGCCUGGGCACAUGAUGGGCUCUCAGAGUUCUCCAGGACCCAAGAGGCCGGGAAAUACCUUGCGCAAGUGGCUGACCAGCCCUGUGAGGAGACUGAGCAGCGGCAAAGCAGACGGCCAUGUAAAGAAGCUGGCACACAAGCACAAGAAGAACCGGGCCGAUGUGCGCAAGAGUGCAGAAGUGGGCUCGCAGAAAGACUCGGACGACAGCGCUGCCACACCACAGGACGAGACUGUGGAAGAGAGGGUGAGGAACGAAGGUCUAAGCAGUGGCACGCUCUCCAAGUCCUCCUCCUCGGGUAUGCAGAGCUGUGGUGAGGAAGAGGGAGAGGAGGGUGCUGACUCAGUACCCCUGCCUCCACCAAUGGCCAUCCAGCAGCACAGCCUCCUCCAGCCUGACCCUCAGGACGACAAGACAUCAUCCCGUCUUUCAGUCCGCCCCUCCAGCUCAGAAACGCCUAGUGCUGCAGAGUUAGUCAGUGCCAUUGAAGAGCUGGUCAAAAGCAAGAUGGCUCUUGAGGACAGGCCCAGCUCUUUGUCUGUUGAGCAGGGGGACAGCAGCAGUCCUUCCUUCAAUCCCUCAGAUAACUCCCUCCUUUCCUCAUCUUCUCCCAUCGAUGAGAUGGAAGAGCGCAAGACAGGCUUCCUCAAGAGACGCCACUAUGUGCUGCUGGAGUUGGUCGAGACCGAGAGGGACUAUGUGAGGGAUCUUGGUUUGGUUGUUGAGGGUUAUAUGGCCAGGAUGAAAGAGGAAGGCGUUCCAGAUGACAUGAAAGGAAAAGACAAGAUUGUGUUUGGCAACAUUCACCAGAUCUAUGACUGGCACCGGGAUUUCUUUUUGGGAGAGUUGGAAAGGUGCAUCGAUGACCCUGAUCAUCUGGGCACUCUAUUUGUGAAACACGAGCGGAGGUUGCACAUGUACAUUGUUUACUGCCAGAACAAACCCAAAUCUGAGCACAUUGUCUCAGAGUACAUUGACACUUACUUUGAGGACCUAAAGCAACGUUUGGGUCAGAGGCUGCAGAUCACUGACUUACUCAUCAAACCAGUGCAGAGAAUCAUGAAGUACCAGCUGCUGCUCAAGGAUUUCCUAAAGUUCUCCAAAAAAGCUGGGCUAGACUCAUUGGAUUUGGAGAGAGCAGUUGAGGUCAUGUGCAUUGUACCAAAGCGAUGCAACGACAUGAUGAAUGUUGGACGACUACAGGGAUUUGAUGGGAAGAUAGUGGCUCAGGGUCGUCUCCUCUUGCAGGACACCUUCAUGGUGUCAGACUCUGAUGGAGGCCUGCUGGGCAGGAUGAAGGAGCGAAGGGUCUUUCUCUUUGAGCAGAUUGUUAUUUUUAGUGAGCCCCUGGAUAAGAAGAGAGGUUUCUCCAUGCCUGGUUUCCUUUAUAAGAACGGCAUCAAGGUGAGCUGUUUGGGCCUGGAGGACAGUGCAGACGGUGACCCGUGUAAGUUUACCAUGACCUCCAGAAUGCCAAACGGCAGCAUCGAGGCCUUUCUCCUGCACUCCUCCCACCCUGGAGUCCGGCAGGUCUGGACCCUGCAGAUUAACCAGAUCCUGGAGGCCCAGCGCAACUUCCUCACUGCGCUGACUUCUCCAGUUGACUAUCAGAGGAAUCAUGUGGGAGGGAGUAUAAGCACUCCGAUUGGUUCUUCUGUCAGUAGUGGAGGGCAGGGAGUGGCUCGUGGAGGGGGCAUGGCAGUCCCAGUCGCAUCAGGCUGUCGCUCUCGCCCCUCCCGUAUCCCUCAACCCUCCCGCCUUCCUCAGCCUCUUCGACAUCACUCUCCUGCGCUGGGCCCCGGAGCCAGUGAGCCGGAUGGCCCCAACAAAAUCUCAGGUAUGCCCCCUAGGCCCCUCCCCUCUUGCACUACAGACCCUGACACAAGCCGAGACUCUGCUAAGCUGAAGCUGUCAGACAGUCCUCAGUCUAAACGCAGUGAGCCUGUGGAGGAUGUUUCCAAAGAGAACCAAGAAAUUUCCGUUCCAGCCCAGAUCCCACGAGCUACGGUGCCCCCGUUAGCACUGGUGAAGCCCAGACCGGGAACUAUCUCCCCAGUGGGCACGCCGCUGGCCACAUCAGGCUUCAAAGACUUCCUGGCACCCUGCAGCCCGGGGCCAAAGAAUGGUGGCUGCUCCACACCUUCCUCCUCUACCAGCUUCUGGAGCUCCAUACCAGGCUCUCCAGCCGGCCGGCCCGGCUCCUUCACCUUUCCUGGUGAAGCGUGUGAAACGCCGAGCCGGCCUAAUCAGAACCAAAGCCACCGGCAUUCCAGCCACAGUAAAGAUGCGGACCGCAUGAGCACAUGCUCCUCGGCCAGCGAGCAGUCGGUCCAGUCCACCCAGAGUAAUGGGAGUGAAAGCAGCAGCAGCAGUAACAUUUCCACAAUGCUCGUGACGCAGGACUAUGUGGCUCUGAAAGAGGAUGAGAUUAAUGUGUGUCAGGGUGAGGUGGUGCAGAUACUGGCCUCAAACCAGCAAAAUAUGUUCCUGGUGUUUCGCGCCGCUACAGAUCAGAGCCCAGCCGCUGAGGGCUGGAUCCCCGGCUACGUGUUGGGCCACACCUCAGCCAGCACCCCCGACGCCCCAGAGGGAACCAUCAAGAAAUCGUCUUCAUGGCACACGUCCCUCCGUAUCCGUAAGAAGUCAGAGAGAAGAGAAAAGGAGGGAAAGAAAGAGGCCAAGCUUGAAAAUGGAUACAGGAAGUCCAGAGAGGGUUUACCUAACAAGGUAUCUGUAAAGCUUCUAAAUCCGAAUUACAUCUACGAUGUUCCGCCAGAGAUACUCGUUCCGCUGAGUGAUGUGACCUGUGAUAAGGGUGAGUGCGUCACACUGAGGUGUAAAGUGUGUGGCCGCCCCAAAGCCGCCGUCACGUGGAAGGGACCCGACCAAAGCACGCUGAGCAACAACGGCCACUUCAGCAUAGCUUACAGUGAGACUGGAGAGGCCACUUUGCGCAUCGUGGGCGUGGUUUCAGAGGAUGAUGGUAUUUACACCUGUAUCGCCACCAAUGAUGUAGGGAGCGUGAUAACGACAGCUAGUCUCAGAGUGUUGGGUACCUCCAGUGAUGGAAUCCGGGUCAUGUGGAAAGACAACUUUGAGUCUUUCUACACUGAGGUGGCAGAAUUGGGCAGGGGCCGCUUUGCUGUGGUGAAACGCUGUGACCAGAAGGGAACCAAAAGGACUGUAGCUGUUAAACUGGUCAAUAAGAAACUAAUGAAGCGUGAUCAGGUCACACAGGAACUCAGCAUUUUAAAAAGACUGCAGCAUCCUCAUAUAAUCAGCCUACAGGACAUCUUUGAGACCCCCAGCAGUUACGCACUAGUCCUUGAGAUGGCUGAUCAGGGACGUCUGCUGGACUUCAUUGUCAGCUGGGGGAACCUCACUGAGGAGAAAGUGGCCUUUUACUUGCGGGACAUUUUAGAAGCUUUGCACUACCUGCAUAACUGCAGAAUAGCUCAUCUGGAUGUAAAGCCUGAAAAUCUGGUGGUGGAUCAGAGCUCUUCUCAGCUGACGGUGAAGCUGACGGAUUUUGGAGAUGCGGUGCAGCUGAACUCUGCCCACUACAUUCACCCUCUCCUGGGCAGCCCUGAAUUUGCUGCCCCUGAGGUGGUUCUAGGUGAGCCUGUCUCUCUAACCUCUGACCUCUGGAGCCUUGGGGUGGUCACCUAUGUGAUCCUGAGCGGGGCGUCACCCUUCCUGGAUGAGAGUGUGGAGGAGACGUGCCUCAACAUCUGCCGGCUAGACUUCAGCUUCCCUGAUGAUUACUUCCAGGGUGUGAGUCAGGAGGCGCGGGACUUUGUGUGUCUGCUUCUUAGGACGGAGCCUAACAGACGUCCCGCCCCUUCUCUCUGCCUACAGGAGCCUUGGCUGAGGCCAGGGACUGGCCAGGGGUCUACUGAGGGCAUCGACACCUCCAGACUCAUCUCCUUCAUUGAGCGGCGCAAACACCAUAACGACCUGCGGCCGUUAGGGGGCAUCAGGCCCUUCCUACACAGCAGACUCCAACCCAGGAUCUGAAAAUGAUAAUGAAAAUGCUAAUCUCAUCCUCUUUCAGCAGCCGAAUGUGAUUCAGAAGAAACUGUCAAUCCUGCGUCAAUCGAAUUAUGUGGAAAUGACUGCCUCAUCCAAUCAGAGCCGUGUAGAACACAGUUCAGAGACGAGCGACGUCUGUGGAUUAAAUGUCCUUUCCCAGUCUUAUGCUACUGGCUGGUUCAAAAUAUAAUGAAGAUUUGUAAGAGAUUUAAUGAAUGGAAUAUAUAUCGAACUGUUUUACUGAUCAGCGAUCAAUUCAACCACACGGAUUCAUUUGUGUGGGGGGAAACAAAUUGUAUCUGCACAACAAUGGCAGAGCUUUUCUGUGACAAAAGUGAUGCACAUGAAUCUAGCGUGGAGAGAACCUUCCCCCCCCCAUUUUGCCUGAGCCAGAGGGAGCAAUCAGUUCUUUUGCGCUUUUACAGUAUUCAAGUCGAAACAUUUGUGGGGGGAAAAAAAAUACUUGUGAGUGACAAUAGGUACACGUCUGAGUGAAUACUAACACUAAUGAAGCAAAAAGAAACAAAUGCGCAGAAUCCACAAAAAAACAUUUUGGAUUCAGCUUGAUGGGUGCGACGUAAACUUAUGACGGCGGUUUAUUUUGAAUCAUUUACAUUCAAAUCAAAGGUUGUUUGGUUGCCUAGUUUAAUAAGUUGCUUCGUCAAACAACAAUCGUCAUGCCACAUUUAGCUGUAACGAUUUUCAAGUGCUGCAAGUGAAACCUCUUAAACACUUUUUUUUUUUAAUUGCUUUAAAUAGAACAAAUUGUGUUGUGCAAUUUAAAGAUGUGUAAGCCUUACUUUGUACAUAGAUAGUGUCUACCAUUUUAUUUCAUGUUUUUACUUUUUAAUGCUAUUUGUUCACAGAGAUCAUCCCAGCAUGGGAGAAAUGAUAAAUCCCAAGGGAAGAUAGCCAUAGGGCAGCCAACCGGUCUGAGUGGCAGUUCACAUAUGAGCUCAAAGGAAGACUGAAUACUGUAAAUGCACUCACGUUGUAUGUUAUGUUCCAGAUUCUUAUCAUGUGCAAUGUUGCCGCUUAACCAGUUUAUGCAACUAUUUAUGAAGACAUCUUGUUGUACCUGUAAUAAAUAUAUAGACAAGCAUGUACUUGGUACUGCAAGUUCUGCUGUUAGUUGCAUUUAUUUGAACCUGGACUUUAUCUUCAGUUGAGUAUUAUUUCCCUGUCGCGCCGCAGGGGCAUCGUCUACAUGGCACUUAUGCGUUCUUGUCACUUUUCUGUUAAUAUUAUUAGUGUACCAAAGCUCUGCAAGCUCCAUGAGGAUUUUUUGAAUAUCACAUUUCACUAUUCUAAGUUAUACAGGGCAGGUUGUUUACAUGUUUUUACCAUAGCUUUAUUUUUUAAGUCUGAGGAUUUGUUUGCUGAAUGUUCUGGACAUUUCACAGAGAUGACCUGCUUUUCACACGAUCACACUAUUAGACAGGUUUAUCAGGCUGUUUUUGGUUAUUUAACAGCUUCUUGUGAUGCCAAGAACUCAUUGACUUAAAUGUGAAGCCUUUAAAUUAUAAUAUUUAUAUAAUAUCUCAUUGAUAGUUUUUAUACAAAUUUAGAUCAUAUGUCCAGGGCCUCAGAUAGUUUUCGGUAAUACAGUGGCUAGGAAAAGAUUUUCAGCAAUUUGACAAAGUAGUGAAAUUUGCACUGAAGAGAUUUUUCCUUUCCAGCUUUCUGUUGGUGCGUAGCCUACAGCCGCCGUUCAUGUCCCGAAGCACCUGUAACUGAUGCGUCACCUCUUUUAGCUCAUUAUCAUUCAGUUUCUGAAACUCAGUCAGAUGUGGGAGUGGUGGGGCAGAGAAUCUUUCCUGUAGGAAGGAAUGCGGUGGCUCCAUCUGUGUCGUUCCAUAUCAUGUCUUCUAAUUUAUUUGUCAUUGUAAAGUUGUACAGAUGCUGUUACGUCAUGGGAAGUCGGACUGGAUGCGUUUAAAUGUUUCUUUAAUUGUUUUUCUUCUUUCUUUCUUUUUUCCUAUCAUUGUUUUUUAAGGUAUGUAUGAUCAUUGUAAACUUUUUAUUUCAGUUAUUUUAUACUUUUGCAUGUACAUUUCUUUGUACAUACACCAUAAGUGUUUACACAAUAUGUGCUGUAAAUAUUUUCAGUUUUGCCAUCAGUUAUUUUGAAAUUAAACAUAUGGAACAUUG